CACAGUGUUAAUAAAUUAGAACUAAAAAGAAGGGAAAAUGGAAGGAAAGAGAACAGGAAAUGAAGGAAAGAGAUCGACAAAUGAAGGUCGUUACCGAGGGAUAAGACGGCGGCCAUGGGGGAAAUUCGCAGCGGAAAUUCGAGAUCCGUCGAGGAACGGUGCUCGGUUGUGGCUAGGGACGUUUGAUACGGCGGAGGAAGCGGCGAGGGCGUACGAUCAAGCGGCGUAUGCGUUCCGAGGGCAUUUGGCGAUUUUGAAUUUUCCGAAUGAGUAUCAAAGUGGAAACCCUAAUUUUGCGGGGGGGUUUGGUUCUUCCAUGGCGGCGGGUUCUUCAUCAGCGACGACGAUCUCUUUCGCCGGAAAUUACUCCGGCAACAAUGCCAGCCGUCGAUCGAGGGAAGUGAUUGAGUUCGAGUAUUUGGAUAAUGAGCUCUUGGAGGAGCUUUUGCAGUCGGAAGACGAAGGGUAUAAUCGGAAGAAUUGAGGAUAAUGUUAUAUUGUUAUGCAACCCCAGAUUUUUUUUUUCUAAAAAAAAGAAAAAGAAAAAUGGGAUUUAUUUUGGGAUUUCAAUUUUAUUACGUUGGAUUAA